AUGUGUGGAGUACAGUACCAACGCAGCAGUACUCAACAGUACUCCAGGUCCAACGAGAACGGUCUUCCCCGGAGGCUGCGCACGGCCUACACCAACACGCAGCUGCUCGAGUUGGAGAAAGAGUUCCACUUCAACAAGUAUCUGUGUCGACCGAGGAGGAUAGAGAUCGCUGCCUCCCUCGACCUGACAGAGAGACAGGUGAAAGUGUGGUUUCAAAACCGGCGGAUGAAGCACAAGCGGCAGUCCAUGGCCAAGACGGAUGAGCCGGACAAGAAGGGUUCGGGCGAGCAGCGGGCGGGGAUGCACGACGACGCCACAAACAACAACACCAAGUCGGUGCCUUCCUCGCCCGACAGCAUGUGUUCCUCGGACGUCAAAAAGGAGGAAAGCAACGACAGUCUGCCAUUGCCCAGCGCAUCAGCCACGGCCGGCAUUCCUCCUACCUCCGCCAGCUCCGGGAUGCCGGGGGGGCCCAGAGGCGGAACCGCCCCGGUCCCGCCUCUCGACUCCGGCAAGGUGAAGUGCGAGGAUGGCAGCGGCAUGAGGUACCCCGGCCCCCUCGGCUUCACCGGGGAAGGCCUCACCCUAAAGGAUGGCGGCCCGCAGGAUAUUCCUCCCCUCAACACUCCUCCCAUCCCCCGCGCCACCCCGCCCCUCACCCCCGCCACCCCGACAGCCUCCCCUGCCCAUCUGACCGGCACUCGGGGGGUGCCAGGCUCCCCUGCCCUCACAACCCCGCCCACCAGCUCAUCCAGAACGGUGCCUCUCACCGCCACCACCACCGCUUCCGCCGCUGCCUCCACUUCCAAUGCGGUCACGCCUCACGGCUUCAGCAGCGGCGUGAGUGGGCGUGCGGGGGCCGGAAGAGGCUCCACCUUUUCCUACUGCGGCACCAACACCACCGCAGCCACCAACGCCACCGGGGAGGGCAAGGGUCGCGGCGUCUCGGGCUCCUACUCGGGGGCCUACAGGGGCUCGUGGGCGGACCAGUACCGGGGCAUGGGCCGCGCCACGCCGCCCCAGUUCAUGGCCAACACCAACUCCCGCGCCUCCAGUGCACACGGCUACGACUACACGUGCGCCCAACAGCACCAGCAGCAACAGCAGCAGCAGCAGCGCGGCCAGCAUAUGUACAACGGCGGCUACACCAUGGACGGCUACAACUACAACCGCCACUACUACAACAACAACAUGAUGUGCGGCGACGGCUACUCCAGCUACAACUACAUGUACAGCAACGGCGGCAUGUACGCGUGCGGCGGCCAGGGCGACGCCUCGGCCCAGCAGUACUACGACUCCUACGCCAUGUGCGGGGCCACGGGGUACGACCAGACAGAGAAGGGCGCUGCCAUGACCACCAUGGCCCCCAAUAACCCCGCCAACAUGGCCAACAUGGCCGGCAUGGGUCAAAGCGGCGGCUACUACAACAAUGGCAGCGCCACCAGCGGCACCGGCAACGAGGGCGUCGCCUACCCGGAGCAGCAGUACCACCACCAGCAGCACGAGCACGACCUGAACUUCACGUUUAAUUUCUUCGAGCAGAGUGGCAGCGGGGGCGGGGCCGGCGGGGGACCGGGCGGCGGGGGGCAGGGCGGCGGGACUGGCGGCAGCACCGCCCCCAGCGAGAACAGCAACUCCUCCGACUUUAACUUCCUCACAAACCUGGCCAAUGACUUCGCCCCGGAGUAUUACCAGCUGAGCUGAGCCCCACCACCCCUCCCGGCCCCCCGGCCUUGUCCCCACAACACUGGUCUUUCCAAAGAAUUUGAGGUUUAUGUCCGCUCGCCGUGAAGAGGUUCCUUUCCCAGGGCUUGGCGGGGACUCAGAACUAGCAGUGUCCGGACCUCUUUUUCUCCACUCCCACCCUCGGCCCCAUAGUGUAUAAGAAGAAGGCGUCCCUCCCCUCGUGUGUCGUCUUAGCCUCCCAUCACCUCCCCGCCAGAGUCACUCCCGGAACACGGGUCAACACAGGUCUGGCGGCGAGUGUUCCGCUUGUCCCGUGGAGGGAGGAGCGUAGUGACAGCCGAAAUAUUGAAAACGGCCCUUGUUGUGGUCUACUCGAGUCGGUUUAGUGAGUGUCGUGAGUGUCGUCAGACUGAGAGGCAACGGCAUCAUACGCGUGACUCUUGGCAUGGCGUCCGUGCAUCCUAAGCUGCCAGUGAGGAGUGAGUGAACCAAGUGUGAGGAAAGCGUCGCGUCACGUCAUCGGGUCUCGGGCCCAUGACAUGCCGUGACAGCCCGGCGCCACCGCGCAUGCCAAGCCUCGUCACAGGCCCGUGUUGCCCAUCAUUCCAAACUUUGUCCUUCCGCCUCCCGCCCCGUAGCUGUCUGCCCACCACCCACGUGCCGCGGUAGAGAGGUAGUUCCCUGACUUCCGUGUAGUGAUAAGCUUCAAACUCUCCCUGGCGGGGCCUCUUCCUUCGGACCGCUGGUGACAAGGGGCGUGGACGUGUUGUUACAGUUUUCAGCAAUAAUUUACACCUUUCCCGCCCCUUUUUUUAAGACUACUUUAGAGGGAGAUCUCUACCUUGACGAGGGCGGGCUGAGGUGCGCCGCGAGAGGCAGGCUUGUGAGCGUGAGUGAUUAGAGAUUUUUUUUUUUUCAGUGUGUGAGGGUGGUGAACAUAACUUAGCAGCAUUUCCAUAAGAAAUAAAGAAAAUAAUUAAAUAUUCUAAUAUUUUAUGUUAAUGAUUGAUUAAAAUCAAGUUUUCGAGAAGCAUUGAAUGCUCUCUACAAAAUAAAUAUGAAGAACAGAAGCCAAAAUUGUAAAGGACCUAAUGUCAGUUUUUUUUUUUUUUUAACAGAAAAACGUAAUAACUUUUGUUGACUCUUUCCAGUCUCGUCUGAAGUAACAUUCCAAACAACUGUUCUCCCUUCUCAUCCUCCUCUUUUUUCCUCUUCCGCCUCAUUCUCAUUGCCUCUCACCCUUAACCAGGCGCUUCUUCCUCCUCUUCCUCGUGCGCCUUUUCCUUAGUUCCCAGUCACCGUGCUCCUCCUCCGGCCAUCCUGCUUCUCUCUCUCCCUCACACCCUCCCUGGAAGCAGAGCGUCAGCGCAAAAUUCUGGACAGGAAGAGGCUGGUUCUUAGUUCUUAUCUCCUCCUCCUCCUCUUCCUCCUCCUCCUCCUCUUUUGCUGUCUCCGACCAGAAAUCUUUUGGAAGUCUUUCUUUUUCUCUCCUCAUUUCAAAGUUGGCGCGAGAGAAAAAUUUCAGCCAAGAAUUCAGGUUCGAGAUUCGAGAAUUUUGUUAUAGUUUUGCCGUCUCUCUCUCUCUCUCUCUCUCUCUCUCUCUCUCUCUCUCUCUCUCUCUCUCUCUCUCUCUCUCUCUCUCUCUCUCUUAUUUUUGUAUUAUUAAUGAUGAGUCUGAGAGGUCGUCGCCCGUUUUCUAUCUGUUCAUCUUUGAUUUUAUUUUGUGGGUGACUAAUGUAACUGGAUUUUUUUUCCCACCAGAGGGAUGCAUGCCAGCAGAAGGUUGUGAUGUAACUUAAGGUCUUGGAGAGAGUAAAACAAAUGUCUUCUCACAUGUAUAUCAAUGAGAACAAAAAUGAAAAAGGAUGGAAAGUGAAAAAAUUGUGUUAUGUUAAUUAGCCUUCCUGAUUGUUUGUCUGCCUGAGGCUCGGGAUAAAAAGGCUCGUAAGUGUGAAUAUCUUGUGUAGAAAUCAGUUUUGGACUCUUUCGAAGUACAAGUGCUCCCUAUGGUGAGUAGGUGAGACCAAGAUGUUGAAGGCCAUCAUAAUUGUUUCUCGAGGUUUAGGAAGUGAGGGAGAAACACAGCGAGAAGGUAACUUUUGUACUUAGAAAUUCCGCCCUUGAAGGAAAAAUGUGAGAGAAAGAAGAUUACCCAAAAAAAUCAUAGUUACUUAUUAGGCUGAAAAAAGUACUUCCUCUCCCCGUCUCCGCCCAGUGGCGACGGAACAAGAGACAGGAUGGGGUUACUGGCUCAUCACGACCUACCUACUUUUGUCUGAAGCUUGAGCCUCCCUGAACUAUUGUCUUGAUUAUACUAACCAAAAAGACUUAUGUAUAUGAUUCACAGGCUUCAGUAUCUGUUCUUGUACGAUUGAGAAUGUAAUCGAUUAUAGUUGAAACGGUAAACGAUGCUCUGACUACCAUCCCGUUUUCUACAAUUACUACGCGAUGGUCAUUUGUGAUCGUAAUUAUGACAGCGUUAAUGAGUUGAAAGGAGGUUUAAUUUUCAUGCCAUUUGAAGAUAUUAGGUAAAGAAAAAGAUGAAAGAGAGAGAGAGAGAGAGAGAGAGAGAGAGAGAGAGAGAGAGAGACUGUGUGUGUGUGUGUGUGUGUGUGUGUGUGCAGGGCCGCCUCAAGCCCCCCUCCGCCCCUACGGCCCCUACUCUGUGUGUACAUAUUUUGAAUAGUAAGAUUAUUGUAAUAUUGAUGACUCAAGGGUGAA